AUGGAGAGAUCGACGGUGGGGAGAAGAAAAGGGGUCGCCGUCUCGCCGGUGGCUUCGGUUUUGGCCUCUCACAGUGACAAUCAGGGUAAGAUUCAGCCUGCAUAUCUGUUUUUUCUUGAGGGUUUCUGGUUGAAGAAUGAGAGUGUGACAUUUUUCUUUCUGGGUUUUGUUUUUGAACGAGGGAAUAAGAGGAGGGGUCACCGAUGGUGUCGGGUGUAUAGCGGUGAAGGAAGUCAGACGGGUGCCAGAUCUAUUCCAUCCACGGUCAAGGAAAACACCAGAUCUGCUCGAAAGAAGCUUGACGGCUACAUCCACGGGAGGAAGAACAUGAGCCGCUCUUCCGACGAGAAAAGCGCAAAAUAA